AUGCGCCUGCUGUUGCGUACCGGAGUGCCUGCCUGGGCCGACACCAACCAGUUUAUUUUGACGAGAUAUCGACCAGAAAGCCGGUCAUGGACACACUGUCUUGCCAGCUGGACGUACUGGCCCAAUGAGACGGCCAAUAUUUACUCGCACCCGGUGCUUGCGGUGAUGUUGGCGCUGGGCGCCGUGACAGUGCGGAUCGACCUCCGUGGCUUCGACGGAGCCAUCGUGGUGCUGCAGCUAGUCAUGGCCAUUCUGUGCCUGGUAAUCUCGACAUUAUAUCAUACUGCGCUCAACCACUCGGCCUCGUUCGAUUACGGGGGGAUUCUGGCGCUGAUCCUGGGCAACUUCCUGAGUGGCUUGCACUUUGGUUUUUACUGCGACCCAGCCCUCAGGUCGCAGUAUUGGUCGCUGGUUCUCGCCUUGAGUGCCCCCUUCGGCCUGGUUCUCAGGCCAUGGUUCCGGGCCACCGAAUGGCGUACACUCCGCCUGGCCAGCUGCGUCGCCAACGGUCUGUCUGCUUUUGCACCCAUCGGACACGCUUGGUAUCUUUGGGGUCGUACGUACCUCAUGCAUAUUGGGGUGUCGUACUAUCUGUUGGAAGGGGCGCUGCUACUGGCGGGCUGCUACGUGUGGGAGGUGGGUGUCGUCGAUUUUCCCAGACGAGUACCUGAGCCUCUAUUCCCAGGGCGGCUUGAUAUUUGGGGCCACUCGCACACCCCGUGGCAUGUCUCUGUGGCCUUGUCGAUCGCCGCACAUGCCCGAGGUUUGUUGAGUGCACGGGACUACAACUACCGACAUGCACUGUGUCGAAUGGGAUAG